AUGUCUACUGUUAAUCGCCUAAAAUAUAUAAUAAAAGAGCAGCUGUUAAAUGCUGCUGAGGAAAUAUGCAAAGAGUUUGAGAAUACAAUUGUUCGAUACGAAGAGGAGAUCGAUACUCUGCGCAAACAGCUGGAAGGAUUUACGGGCCUGCUCAAAUCCACGCCUCACAUAAAGCUCCACAGGAUAGGCUUCCCAGAGCUAGAUCCCGGAAAGGAAAGCGAUGUCCCUGCUGUGCAGGGUCUGAAACGGGGGAAAACCUCUGAUGUGGACCCUGAAGAAGCAGAGCCCCCAGUGAGGGGAGAGGAGCUGGAACUGGAGCCCCCCUCGUCUCCCUUCGGGGCCCCCCUGAACAGCGAGGGCAGUGACGUCACAGACUCAGACUCUGUUGUGGAGCUGUCCGUGUUUCCGGGAAAAAAGCACCUGAUGACAAACAUCAAACCAAACGCUCCUCAAAGGCCCUCCGAUAGUGCAGACUGUUCUCCCACUCCCAGCAGCCCCUAUGAAUAUGAAUAUGAAUUUGAAUAUGAUGCAGAGCAACCUGACCCAAGGGAAAGCCGAGCUCAUCCUGGAGAACAGCUCUUCAACUGGGAGCGACUUGGCUUAAAGGAAAAUGAAGGGCUUGUGAGCAAAGACUUUGAGGAGCUGUGCGGCCGUCGGCAGGCGGAGAACCGGGAGGUGGCCACCAACACAAGCGUCUCCGUUUCUGAAGAGCUUGAUGAGGGGAAGCCAGGCUCCGGCACCGAGCAGGUCCUUCCGCUCAGCUCCCAAUCAGACGCCCAAAACCAGACCUCCAGUUACAAAGGACGCGGCGCUCCCAAGCCACGGAGGAUCAAAGGCCAACCCCUGUGCGAGACGUGUGGCGUGAGGAUGAAGAACCGAUACCAGGUUGCCAAACACAGAGAGCUGCACAGCGGCAAGAAGCACAUCUGCCCCGUUUGCCACAAAAGCUUCAACCUUAGGAGCUCCCUGUCCGCUCACUCCAAAAACCACAGAGAGCCCCAAAUGCCGUCCUGCCAAAUCUGUAAGAAACAGUUCCCGAGGGAGGAGCUGGCCCUCCACAUGGAGACGCACGCGGAAGUGAGAACCUUUGUGUGCGAGGUGUGCGGGCAGAGCUUCCUCACCCGUCAGAGUCUGUCCGCGCACACCGUGUCGCACCGGGCCUCGGACCGGGCCGUGCACACCUGCCAGCGCUGCCGCAAAACCUUCCUGCACGAGCACCAGCUGCUGGCGCACCUGGGGGCUCACAGCAGGGAGGGCUCGCUGUCCUGCGAGACGUGCGGGCGCACCUUCUCCGGUCAGAGGAUGCUCAUGAAGCACAGACGGAAUCCCUGCCUCUCCUGUAAGAUCUGCGGCCAGCAGCUGCCCUCCCGGCUGGACAAAGCGGCUCACAUGAAGACUCACCAGAGGCACGACUGCUUUCACUGCAAAAAGAGCUACCUGCUGCAGAGGGAGCUGGAGGCCCACCUCCCCAAAUGCCUGACCGAGCGCCCGUGUCUGUGCCAGUUCUGCGGCCGGCGCUUCAAGUACCCCGUCACCCUGAGCAAUCACGUCAGAAUCCACAGCGCCGCGGCGGCCGCGCCCGUCGUGAGACAUGAGGGAAAGGCUUCAGACUGA